CAGUGGGCAAUCCGUACCCCAAAACAAACCCAACGUUCUAGAAUCCUCUUUUCGACUCCGCCCGCCUUCACUCCACAUCCCAAGAUUUCGCCAACGACAUCAUCACCUUUCCUCUCAAUUUCUCUUAAUCAACCAAAUACCACCUCACCACAACCAACCCACUAACAGAAAAAAAUAAAAAAGACAAAGGAUAUAAUGUACAUGUCCUCCACUCUCACCCGCGCCUCACUCAUCAACCUCCUCCUCACGACGACCGCCCGCAUCGCACCCGCAACCGCAACACUCACAACCACAACAAGCUCCUACCACACACCACGACACUUCUUCCACCAAGCAACCCUCCCUCUCCACCCUCACUGCUCAGCAAUCCACCUCUACAACAACGCUAAUAAAUACCAAAAGGAGCAAAGCACUCACUACUCCACAAUGAGCACACCCAACGAGCAACAACAAACCCAGAACCAAAACCAAGAACAAAAAGACAACGAACAAAAGCCCAUACUCGCCCUCCCAGACGCCGAAUCAGCCACGAAACUCGACGUUAGCGGGGACGGAUCAGCAGUUGCAUUGGAUCACUUGGGUCCUGUGGUGGUGAAUCAGGAUGGAACGUUAUCGCGCAUCUCGAAUUGGGAGGCUAUGACGGAGAUUGAGAAGAAGAAUACGUUGAGGGGGAAUUAAUUCAUUCAUUCGGUGUUCUAUUGUGUCGUUCGGGGUUGUAGUGGUGGGUGGUAGAUGAUAGAUGGUAA